AUGGUCCUGUGCAGUGGUGACAUCAAUAAGACCACUUGCCGGAGCUGCCUUGACGGUGCAAGUGAAGACAUCCUCCAGUUAUGCCCCAACAGCAAGGCUGCUUUCGUAUGGUACGACCCCUGUUUCCUCCGUUAUUCCAACCAGAACUUCGUCUCUUCCACUGUAAACUCUAAUCCACCACCAGUCAUGCCGGACGACCACAGCGUUAAUGGGCCUGGUAAGUUUAAUAAGCUUGUGCUUGAGUUGAUGGAUAUGAUAGCCAAGUAUGCAUCCUAUAACUCAUCCCGGAAAUACGCCACAGGGGAGGCCAAUUCCACUGUAUCAAACACCAAAAUAUAUGGCCAGGCACAGUGCACUCUGGAUUUGUCAGGAGACCAGUGCUAUGGAUGCUUGCUUGAUUCUUUCCGUAUAAUUCCUGGUAAUCAAGAUAAGCAAGGACUGAGAGUUCUUGGAGUUAGGUGCAAUUUCAGGUAUGAUGUGAAUUCAUUCUAUAGUGGUAGUUCCAUGGUGCAGCUCCCUCCUGUUUCUCCUCUUCAAUCUGAUGGUACCAAUUCAACCACGUCCAUUCCGACGGUCACAGUGGAAAGAGAAGGAAACAAACAUAACUAUGUUAUAGUUCUCGCCGUUGCCAUCCCUCUGGUCGUUAGUUUCAUGCUAAUUUGCACCAUUUGCAUUUGCUAUUGGAAGAAAAGGAGAUGUGACAGACCCAGACCCAGAUCAAUCAGAAGCAUAGACUCGAUUCAAUUUGAUCUAUUAACUCUUAGAAACGCAAUAGCAAACUUCUCUAAUGAGAAUAAACUUGGAGAAGGUGGCUUUGGUGCAGUUUACAAGGGCACAUUGCUUGAUGGCAGAGAAAUAGCAGUCAAAAGGCUUUCAAGUGGUUCAGCACAAGGAAUAAGAGAGCUGAAAAGUGAAUUACUGUUGGUUGCAAAGCUUCAACACAGAAACCUUGUGCAGCUUUUGGGAGUUUGCCUGGAAAAACAAGAGAAAAUGCUUAUCUAUGAAUAUCUUCCUAACAGAAGCCUGGACACCAUUCUGUUUGAUUCUAGCAACCAUGAGCAACUAGACUGGGGAAGACGGUACAAGAUCAUCAAUGGAAUCGCCCGUGGAUUGCUAUAUCUGCAUGAAGAUUCUCAGCUAAAGGUUAUACAUCGGGAUAUUAAAGUGAGCAAUAUACUGUUGGAUGAGGACAUGAAUCCAAAAAUUGCAGACUUUGGUUUGGCCAGGCUCAUUGGUUGUGAUCAAACUAGGGAAACUACAAAACAAGUUGCUGGAACAUUUGGAUACAUUGCUCCAGAGUAUGCAAUGCGUGGUCAGUAUUCAUCAAAGUCAGAUAUAUUCAGUUUUGGUGUUUUAGUUUUGGAGAUUCUGACUGGAAAAAAGAACAGCAAUUUUCUUAAGACUGAAGAAGCAAACAACCUGCUAAGCUAUACAUGGCAGAGAAACAAUCUCAGAGAUACUAGACCCAUCUCUGGGGGAUCACUGGUCAAGAAAUGAGGCAUUGAGAUGUAUUCAGAUUGGUUUAUUAUGUGUUCAAGAAGAUCCAGCAAGCAGGCCCAGCAUGUCAGUGGUGGUUCUCAUGCUGAACAAUCACUGUGUGUCCCUUCAAACUCCUUCAAAGCCUGGGAGUUGUGAAUAGUGAUUGUGUACGAGUGGUUCCAGCGCCACGUGAGCGCGGCCCCGUCCCCACUUAUUCCACCGAGGCUUGUGCACGCCCCUGGGGUCUCUAAUGGGUUUGCCCCGCUCUUCUUCCUCAAA